GUUGGGAAUUUAAACAGAGUUGCCUUGACCAGAGAGUAAACUGACUGCGGCAGCUUUUUGUGAUACGACAUGACGUUUUCCUCGAGCUCUGUGAUGUUGCUGAGUAUUGUGGCUCUCUGCCUGCUGGCUUGUAUUCACUCUGGGAUAAAUGCAUAUCCAGCCAAGCCUGCUGGUCCCCGGGAAGGUGCACCACCUGAGGAACUCGCCAAAUAUUAUUCUGCACUAAGGCACUACAUCAACCUCAUUACAAGACAGAGGUAUGGGAAAAGAAACACCCCAGAUACUGUGUUUUCAGAUGUGUUGAUGAGAGAGAGCACCGAGAGUAUCCCAGGAUCAGCCUAUGCCAGGUAUGACGAACGGCCCCUGUGGUGAUGCUGCUGCCAUGACUGUAAAUGAAAUAAAAUGAAUUUGUACUGCAUGUCUGUAAUGCAAACACUGAAGUCUGUUAUAUAAAACUUAACAGAGCCUA